UAAAGCUGAAAAGGAAUAAGAUCUUAUUACAAAGAUUCCACUUUUCGAGCGAACUUGUCGGCGGUCGGAUUUUCCCAGCACCCAUCCUUCUCGCUCUGUUCCAAUCCUGAUAUAGAUUUACUCUGACAAUCUCUGCAAAUCCUCACGCUUUUGGGUGAAAAAAUUAUCUAUAAUUUCGGGGAAAGCAAGUGUCUUUAUCACGAGGGCGGGAGUGAUUGACGUUAAUUAAGGUCCUAUCUGGUUAAUUAUGGCGGCGAGCGCGAAUCCAUCGGAGGGUAAUCGAGGGGGUUCGUCGGCGGUGGCGGCGGCGGCGCAGAAGGUGUCUUCUUCUUCGGCGGCGACGGCGAAUGGAGCUGCUGCGGAUUCGGCCAAUAAUGGAGAAAAUUCCGGCCGCUCCAGCGGUGGCGCCGCGGCGGCGGAUACUUCUCCGACGAUCACAGCUUUGAGGCAUAAUCCAGGAAUCUCCGUCGAUUGGACUACUGAGGAGCAGGCUCUGUUGGAGGAUUUGCUCGCCAAGCACACGUCAGAAUCUACCAUUCUUCGUUAUGCUAAAAUAGCGAUGCAAUUGAAGGAUAAAACGGUCAGGGAUGUGGCCCUGCGUUGUAGAUGGAUGACUAAAAAGGAAAACGGAAAGCGUAGGAAAGAGGACCAUUCGUCAAGGAAAGGCAAAGAUAGAAAGGAAAAAGUUACGGAUUCUUCAGCGAAGUCUUCAUCUCAUUUGAAUGUGCAUACUAAUGGACCUUCUUCGUAUGCUCCACCAAUGGUGCCCAUGGACAUUGAUGACGGUAUUCCGUGCAAAGCUAUUGGUGGUGUGACUGGAGAGCUUCUUGAGCAAAAUGCUCAGAUGUUUAAUCAAAUUUCAGCAAAUUUCUCGGCUUUCCAGAUACAUGAAAACAUCAGCCUUUUCUGCAAAACUCGAGACAACAUUCUCGUGAUCUUGAAUGACUUGAGCGACAUGCCAGAGGUGAUGAAGCAGAUGCCCCCUCUUCCGGUGAAGUUGAACGAGGAACUUGGGAAUUCAAUCCUUCCCUGCCCAUCUCAUCAAAUGAAGUCAUGAUCGUAUAGAAGCUCCUCAUCUAUGGUUCUCCUGUCCAAUUUCUCUAAUCCGAGAUCAAAUCCAAUUCAAGCAAAAGAGUGAAUAAGUCGCAGGCUAUUUACACAAAAGCUCCAAUAUAAUGAUCUUAGUUCUGUUCAUUGACCCAUUUUGUAGGGUGUAUUGUCCUCUAGCAUGUGAAUAGAGAGUCAUGUUGUGGUAAGUUCUCUGUAUAAAGUUGUUUACACAUGGGAAAUGUGAUUAGGUUGUCUUGUUCUAAGAUGCAAGAUUCAAUAGGACUGAUGCCCAAGUCUGUGGCUUUGUAACAAAGUCGGUGCCUUUUGCCUUUCCCUCGGGAGUUUCAUGGUAAGUACAAACAGAAAACUUUAUUGUAACUCCAUUGGCCAAAAUAAAAAACUCAAGUCUUGUCAUACAGAUUGGAGUAGAUGACACUACAAAAGAUGUCUUGGGU